AGAAAAUAAAGGAAGACUAGGACAACACAACAACACGCCACAGCAGAUAAACACAACAGCUAAAGAUAAACAAAACAAGUGGUUGUAAAGAUGGCUCUGUUUCUGGGGUUAACUGUGGCCCAGGGGAGUGAAUCUCAGUACAGCCAUAGCAACCUGAACGGAUCCCUGCUGAACCCAGAUAACAUCAACGAUGACUUGAGGAAGGUGAACUCUAACAUCAUCUGGCUCUUGGCUGCAGCUGUGCUGGCUUGUGGCUGGGUCCUGUACCUCACCUACUACAACUCUCGGGUUCUGGGAUUCAUUCUCACACGUAUACUCAACAGAUUUGUCAAGAACUGCCACAUAAAUGUUGGUUCGUUCAGUGUGUCAGUGCUGUCAGGAAAGGUUAUGUUCCGUGAUGUGCACUACAUUGAUUAUGAUAGAUCUAUCAGAGUACAAGAUGGUGUAGCAAUCUUUCGCUGGUGGAGACCAUACAUUCCAAGAGAGUCAAAGUAUGACCCAACUCCAAUGGACACUCGGCUGAACCUAUACCUGAAUGGGUUUGAGUAUCACAUCUACAACCGGUCGGACAUUUACGGAAAACUGGAGAAGGCCUUUGGACUGGACCAGACCAUGGGGUUUGAAUACGACCCACCUGAUGAUGGCAAACAAGGAGACAGAGGCUCAGAGACUCCAGAGAAUACAGAAGAAGAGCCAGAGAAAGAACCCAUAUGGCGAGACCUCAUCCCAUUUAUUAAAGCAGACAUCUAUACAGGAAGGAUCGUGUUUGGUAACCGCCUGAUCCCGAGUACGUUGUGUGUGAACUGGGAGGAGGCUAAGCUGGAGUACACCACCAAGUGUGCCCACAACCCUCUGGACAAGUACACCCACUUCAUCAAGGCUGAGACUGAGAAUGUCAGGGUCAUGCUGUCCAAGAGCCCCAAAUAUGAGGGAGACAUGGAGGAGCCUCCCCGCUUCAUGGGAGAGGGUUUUGUAGUGCUGCAGUCUGGAGAUGUCAUUGUGUACUACUAUUGGGAUGAGCCAGGCCGUAUGAAAGACGAGAUACCAGAGAGCACAAACCCAUUUGACAUUGACAUUCCUCCUGUCUGGAGAAUGGACAUCAAGUGUGGGAAAGGAACAGACAUCAGCUAUGGGCCGUGGGUCGACAAACAGAGAGAGUUUCUACAGAAGUUCUUCCUGCCUGCUGACUACCAGUCCUUAGAGGUGACAGAGCCUGUCACAACAGGCCAGCUGAGGCAGUACACCAGCUUUGACAUGUCCAUGCACCUGCAGAACGAUGCCACCAUCGACAUUCUCUUCUCUAAGAAAAAGGAAACCAAUGCUAUCCACAUGAAUGUUGGUCGGGGUUCAUGUAUUGAGAUGACCAUCCCCUAUGUGGUGGAGGAGGGUGGGUACUGUACCAAGGUUACCAGUCGGCUGCUGCACCUGGAUGCCACCACCAGUCUGGAGUACAGGUCCCUACUGGAGGCAGAGACACUCGAGAUAUCAAUGGAUGUGCACUACCCCAUUGUGUGGAACCAUCCCCAGCUGUGGUCCUGUGACAUUGUGGCCUGUAAAACUACAGUCAACUUCAUCUUUGCACACAAGUUCUUCAUCAUGGAUCUGAUUGAUGACUGGGGCAGUAAGACGGUUCCAGACAUCAUGGGCUUUGUGCCGUACACAUGGAAGUUCAACGUGGCGCUCAAGGAGUUUGAGUUCAUCCUGGUCACCAACCAGUACAACUGGAUAGACUGCUCCUCCCUCAAGGACAAUGAGAAUGGUAACAUGGCCAUAGGAGGAGAGAGAGUGGACAUCUCCUUUGACCUGCCCUUCACAGAUUUCCUACCUGAAACUGUCUGCAUCAAUUUCCUCAUCCAGGGCAAGUCUUUGGAUGCACGGUUGUUUCUCCCUGAGAUGGACACCACUCGGCACUGCCUCCUGUCUCUGGUCAAGAACAGCAGAUACACCACAACGGCACAGGACACCGCUGACUGUGACAAAGGCUGGAGAAACAUCACACACUUGGGUGCUGGUUGGGUGGACACGUGGCAUGUACCAGCCAUGUCUAUGUGUCUGGGCUACACCUACCAUCCCAUCAUGCCAGAGGAAAGUAAGGGCCACCUCCUCCCCCGCACAGUCAAAUCAAAAGUGUCAGAUAUAGAAGAAGAGAUGCUGUCGAGUCUGCGGCCGACGCCCCAGGGCACACCUGAAGUCAGUGCUAAGAGGAAAGUCAGACUGUCCCCGUCCAUUGCAGACUUGGACCUGUCCAGCAUCAGUCCAGACAGGAUAGAUGUAGAGGUUGACGUGGGACCCUCUGUUAUCACCCUGUAUGCCACCUUCCUCCGCAUGUUCUUCAACUUUAAGGAAAACUACUUUGGAGCUGACAUGAAGUUCACAGACUUGGCCCGACCUGGGCGAGACCCAGAUAAAGUUCAGGAGGAGGGCACCACUCAACUGGAAGAGCUUCUGGCAAGCCUGGUCACGCUGCGCCCCCUGGCAGUUACUGUACAGAUUGCAGUCAAUGAUGUCACAGCAAGAAUACCUAGGCAAUGCAGUCCCAGGGAUCCACCCUGCCCAACCCUACACUUUGACAAGCUGUGUUUUGAGAUGAGGAAGAACUACUAUGAGACAUUAUUGCAGCUGCACAUAUCCCCCAUCACAGCCUCCAUCACUGACAAUAUCAAGAGACCCAUGUCUGAGGCGCACCUGAAGGAUGGCCAGCUGCACCUGUCAGGGUUACAGAUGCGGGGACACGCCAUGUUCUCCGACAAGGACCGUCCGCUGGGCAGCGACACGUUAGAGUACGCCUGGCUCGUACAACUACAGCUGGGAGAAAUCAGCGGCAAGAUCACCCCUCCUCACAUUGAGACUAUUGUUGAUGUCUUGGAGACUGCGUUGUUCCUGUUUGACGCCAGUGAGUCGGACUUCAUGCGCCCGCUACCGUACGAGUUCUGCCAACACGACAACCCCCAGCCCAGCUGUCCACACAAGGACGACUACCCCUUCCCCUGCCCUACCGAGUUCCUGGUCAAGUACAAGAUGUUAACCCUGGAGGUUCAGAAGGUGGACCUGUUUGUGGUAGAGAGUGGGUGUGCAUGCCAGCUUCAGACGAGCUCCCUCCACAUCUCCAACUGUAACCUCCACAGUCCUAAGGUAAAGGAAGGCAUCACCGUGGCCAUCCCAGAGCUGCAGCUUCAUCAGUACAUCACUCAGACCUCACCCUCUACCUUCAACCAUUCUGCCCCCCCACCGGGGAGACUGGGAGGGGCCAGCCCCACACCCCAGCCCCUCUGGUUAGAGGCAGGCAGUUUCUCACUGGGACCCAUCCAUACGGAGGUUGCCCUGGCCAUUGAAUGUCUGGAACUGCAGCAAGCUCAGGAUGACUUUCUUAGGAACCAUGACAAGAAGUAUCAGAGACUAUGGUUCCUGUGGUCUCCUGAAGAGAUGGGUCUGACCAGGGAUGUCAUCAGCAAGUGUGGUUGCCAUGGCGGCUGCAUCUUCUUCAUCUCCUGGCAGGAACCAAUCACACAGGAGAACAGGGAGGCAUUCAGACAUCAAGCACCAAAGUAUGGAGAAAGCUUGUUUGAGCCCGGCAUCCCGGCUCUUUGUCGCAACAGCCGCUGGAGGGCCUCCUACCGAGACUUUGACCUCAGGCUGGACAGUAGUAAGUCUGGUAGGAGAUCAGAAGACACUUUGUCCACUACCAAGGAACUGAACUCCUCCUCUGAGACUGUCAAGGCUACCCCGAGUACAAGAAUAUCUACCUGUACUUCAAGCUCAACUACUACCACAUUAAAGGGUGGUUCAGUGUCUGAGCCAGGAACUCCUGUAGAUGACCAGUACCCCCUCCUACUGCAUCACCAGGCCGAUGUGGUCAGCCCUGUCAGUCCACAGGAGACGGACCCUCUCCUCAUCCAGCCAAUCACCAGAGGCCGCCUUGGUAGUGACAAGAGCCAGGUCACCACCGCCACGGACAAGUCCAGUAGCCAGACCAGCGUCCACUUCGCUUCCGAGCAUUCCUACAUCGCGGACAACACCAGCUCCCUUCCCCGGAGCGUUCAACGAGCGGGCUCCAAGCAGUCAGUGCAGAGCGACCAGCCCUUGUACCGGAGCCAGCACACGCUGACGUCCGGUAGCUCCAUGGUGUCCGUCGAGUCGUUCUACUCUGCCGACGAGGAACUGGGGAGCGCCACGAGCGAAGAGGUGUUCAGCGGACGGGACAUCCGGCAGCUGCACGCGGCCACCCGCUCGGUGAAGAGCACCCCCACCCUGCACCAGCGGAGCAUCUCCGUGGCUUCCAACCAGUCCUUCCUGUCGGCAGUGUCCACGCAGGAAGACCUCGUCGACUUCGACAUCAGCGAGGAUGUCUCCGUGGUAAACAUGCCGAUAACGGCAGAUGGAGACCUGAUGGCGCUAUACGCAAAGCACCUGACGCAGUGCGAAGCCAUGAACUGGAACCCGGCACAGGCUGCCACCAAACCAGCUGUUGUAGAAGAGGAUUUCGGGAUGAGGAGGACCAAUCGUUUGAAGACAAGUUGGAGUGAAGGCCCUCCCACAAUUCCAAUCUUCAACACACUGAACAGUGGGAUCUCUUCUACAACAGUGGUCUAUAAGGAUGAAGUUGAGGGGCUUCAGGGAGGAGAAUCGUGUGAUCAGUCAUUUGACAAGUCCAGACAGGAGUCAUAUGAAGAGGACUGUCCAGCAACAGGAACCGGAGACACUUUAGAAGACCAUGUGUCUAAGACUGGAGCCAUUGUGAAGGUGAAGGGUUCCAUCAACAUCCUGCUGUCUCCUCUGGCUCUGGAGGCCACCGAACGGCUAGUGGAAGCUGCCACCCCACAGCUGCAGACCAUGCAUGCCUCAGUCCUGGUGGAUAAACUGCACAGCAAGUGUCUUAGGGAGGUGCAGUGUCAGAACAGGCUGUCUGCGGAGGGGAGGGCGGCAGAGAACGGGAACGGAGACGAAGGGUCGGGCAUCCCCACCAGUAAGACUUCCAGUCUACAGAUCCUGGUCUCAGUGGCAAGGAUCAACAUCUCCAUCCUACAAGCCUCGGUGGCUGGCGCCAAGUCAGACCUGUACCUGCAGGGCCCGUGUGCUUCCCUGGCUGUCCUGUCCCUGGACUCCAUCACCUGCCAGCUGCUGCACUACAGCCAGUCGUUAAAGGCUGGGGACGAUGAAGACAUACCACCAGACAAGGAGGUUCCCGAGAAGAAGAAAAGGAAGAAGGAUAAAUACAGUAGCCAGGUUGGUAGUGAUGGUGUGGACAGCAUGCGUGUGAGAGAGAUCCAGAAGGAGGAGGGGGCAGCCUACAUCCACCUGGACAGGAUCCACGGGCAGCUCAGGUGUCUGUCUCCCUCCAACACUGAGGUCUGCACCUUCACAGCCAUCCCUCCUGACAAGUCCAAGGUAAUGUUUUUGGUGCAGCCUGGAAUCCAGUCAGUCAGGACGAGCCAUGAGAGCCUGGCAGAGGAAGCCAGAGAUACACUUCACCAAGAGACCUGCUCCCCGAUGGUGGCCAUCCAGGGUGGCUGGAUCAUGUUUGAGUGCGGCCUAGAAGACAUCACCAUCCGCGGCGGCAGGAGGAUCGGUUUCGAGGAAGCCGAGAACGGUCCCGACUUCCCCGGGAAGUCUGCCUCCUCCACCGUGCCCCCAGGGGAACAGACGACGGAUUCGACGGAAACGAUCGACUCGACAAAAACAGUGUGUAACAGCGACAGUUUCAGCUCCCACAGAUGGAGGUCGCUAGAUGAGAUAGAGAAUGGACAGGAGGAGAAUGUUGCUGAGCUGAAGGGUGAUGCCAGUAAUGCUGUGGUGUCCCUCUCUAACGUCUGGCUCAACUUUGCCUCGCCGUCAUCUGCAGCACAGCACAGGCAGACUGAGGAUAUAAGCACCUUGGACUACACCCUCCUGACGACUGUGGCCCCCACCAUCUGUGCCUGGCUGUCCCCAGCAGACCAGCUCAAACAGGCGCUGCACGACCUGGCUCACGGAUACAGACACAGGACCUUCGCUGUCAUCGGCUGUAUCAUGACAGACGCGCUGGAGUUCCAGGGGCUUCACAUGUCCCCAAAGAGCACAGCAAUUGAGGACGCAGUAAAAACAAGCUCCAUCCCUCCCCUGUCCACAUUGGAGAAAGGCCUGGUUGCUCUGACUCGUCAGUGGAAGCACCUAGUCAUCACAUCGGCGUUUGCAGGGAUGGGCUUCACCAAUCGCAGGAGACUGGCACCGUUCACUGUCACCUUUCUGGAACCAGAGACACGGGACGAAGUGUUUUCUGAGGGGAAGGAUGGAGAGCAAGGAGAGGGAUUCCCAGAGACAGACUAUGAUGCCUCAGAGCACACCUUCUUGCUUGGUGCUGACGCUAAGGCAGGGAUAUCUGGAAUAGACAACCUCUCCGGAGUGGGUAACAGCACUGGUCUCCCCAUGGACAAGAAACACUCUCAGAUGAGCCUAGCCGACACAUACAAGAGUGGCGACUCUGCCAGUGAUAUAAAGUCUAGAGAUGCCAAUAGACAAGCUGUGCCUCUUGUUGCCACCCUGUCGAGCACAGGAUCCCUCCGGCGAAACCGUAACGAGAGCCAGGUCAGCCAUGUCAUGGGCAGCGUGGACAGUCUGGAUGCCAGCGGGCCAAACACGCCCCAGAGGAAGCUGAAGGGUUCUUUCUCUCGUGCAAGUGGAGCAUCAAUCAUUCCGCGGCUGACCCUGGAUAAGGAGUUUAACCUGUACAGCUGGAUGUCUGCUAGCCUGGCUGCCACACGCUCCACGUCUGUCCCCAUGCAUGAUGUGGAGAUGGGGGGAUUCAGCACGGCAGGGCCCGGCACUAUCUCCAAUCAGCCUUCAGGGUACCAGUCCCUGGCCAGUGACAACCACAGUGAGCUGUCAGGUGUGACCAGUAACCCCAGCCUGUCUCCCAAACACAUGGCUAACACUGUACAGCUGGCUGAUCCACAGGUCAUCUUCCAGCCCCUCCUCAGUAGCCUGGGCAUCGACACACAGAAACAGAGCGCCAUGCCUGAUGUCAGUAAGCUCCUCAGUAAGAACGUCGCGCUCACAGGCAAACUGCAGAGUCUUCGAGUCGAUAUCGUGGACGCUGACUCGGCCGGCUUUGCUGCUUGGAAGCCCAAAGGCAAACCCAAGACUGAGAAGAAGUUCACCAGAUUCCUACUGGACAUGAAGCCCCAACAUCCGGCUUUGCUUUUCGAGGAGUUCAUUGUGGAGUCCUCAAUAAGGGAUGUGAGUGGUAAGAAGUCAGACUCGCAUCAGACCAGUACUGAGAAUGAGGGGACUACAGGGAACCAAGGCAGGCGUAGGUCUACCGUUGCCAGUAUAGAGUUCAACAAGGACAAUGUUAACUGUGUGGAGGUUUUCUUCAGCGCACACUGUGAGGGCAUCACGCAGCACGUGGAUAUGGCGCUGUUACAGCUAGCCAAACAGUUCUACGCCAUGACAGAACACAUCAAACAGACAGAGACAGAGCUGAAAGUCAACAGGUAUAUGGUCUCUGCUGCCACCGCUGUGAACAGACCUGGCCAUAAGAAACAGGACUCCCACGGCUCUGACCUGAGUGGGCAGAGUGGGGAGUCCCAGUCCCAGCCCAGCACCAGUAAGCAGUCUGAGUCAGGCAGCCAGGCAGGCGCUGACACCCUGCUGCAGCCUCCCAAGACACCCGUCAGAACAGACAGCCAGAGAAGCACUGCUUCAGAAGGGAAGGUCAGCAUCGAACCCAAGCGCAGCUUCUCACACAGAUCCAGGCUACCCUCCCUGAAGGGGAGCCGUAGUAGCCUGAAGAAGAGACUAGCCAGCCCGCGGAUCGUAAAAUCUCUACGGUACCACAGACAGUUUUCACAGGAGUCCGCGGCCAUCUCUAUCAAUGAGGAGACGUCCAUAUCAUCGUCAGAACAGAGUGAGACCUUAGCGAAGUGCUGGCAGACGAUGUACCAUCUUAUUGACCUGUACUCCAAUGUGUCAGAGGGCCUCCAACUGUCACAUGUCAAGGAUAAGGCUGAGGACAUAAGAAUCAAUAUUGAGGACAACCUGACCUCUAGUGGCCAACAGUCCUCAGUCCCAGAGACUCCUAGAGCGGCCCCAGCGAGUCCCACAGCUGAAGACAAGCUGAACCGGCUGCUGACGAUCUCGUCCGUAGGGUCUGACCACCCCCCUAUCCACCUGGUUGGUACGGUCGGGGUCACCAAGAUGAGACUCCUGGCUGAGUUUGCAGGGUUGAACCUUGAGGCUGAGAUGACAGGAAUGCAAGCCUCUGUGGGUCACAGGGAAAAGAUGAAAGUUUCAGUUGAACAUGACUUAAACAACUCACGGAUAGUAGCCUCAGGUCUGAUCAUGUCACCAGGAGCAUAUAGACUCAGCACCCAGCGGAAGCAUGUUGUGGAAACCUCCAUCACAGCCCAUGUCCAGAAAACAGAGCUGGCCAUCCUGGAAGGCCUGUAUCCUGCCAUGCACUGUGCUAACUAUGCCACAACUGUGCCUCUCUUGCAUGCACUUUGCCAUUCAAUUGCACCCUGGAGGGGUAAGAGGACUGUGGUGAGUGUUAAGAUCAACAGGUCCCAGUGCAUGUACACCAGCUCCAACAGAAAGUCUAAGGAGCGGAACCUGGGGGUUCUGAAUGUGGGGAUGAUUGACGUGGACAUCCCGCAGCACCCUGUCGCCCUGCACGGGACCGUCACGCGCAGCUCCAAACAGCUGUCCUCGCAGAUCUCAGAACUUACCAGGCAACCCAAAGCCAGGUCCACAGAUUCAUCUAGUAACCUGGAAAGCAUGAGCCAGCCCUCCCCACAGCAGCUGCUGCCUCCCCUGACAGAGAUAGAUAACCUUCCCCCAGGAGCCAAGCAGCCUGCCAAGAAACCCUUCCUACUCAACUUCAAGAUUGUCAUGGAUGGACUGGCCAUAGGUGCAUCUUUGCUACCUUCACUGAAGGCUGAAUACAAGAUUUCCCGAAUGUUAAGUUCUGGUAUGACAGGAGACCAGGCCAGGUUCACUAUAGAUCUUCCCAUGCAUACUCUCGGCUUUGCCUCCAAGGUUGUCCAUCAGGAGUACAACCUGCCCUCCUCAGCCAGUGUGGAUCUACCCCCCAUCCAUGUCUCUGGUAGCUACAAGACCAAGACUAUACAGGUUCCCAACACAGUUGCCCCUGGUAUGGUGUCAGUGUGUACAGGCUACCUGCUGACCCAGGCUGAGGUCGGCUCUUUUGAACACAUGCUGACAACAGACCUACUCAACCAUCUUCUGUUUGUGCAGAAGGUCUUCAUGAAGGAAGUGAAUGACGUAGUUCAGAAGGUGUCACGUGGAGAGCGUCCUGUGGCCCCCUGGAUGGACCGCAUCCAAUCCAGCGACUCCUACAAGCCCACACAGGUCCUCUACUCACUCAAGUUCAGACUCAAGGGCAUCCAAGUGACAGCUACCACCCCGACGUCCAAUGCUGUACGUCUGGAAACUGGAAUUGUGGAGUUAGAGCUCUCCAACAUGGUGGAAGUAGGGGAGGGUAAUGGUCAGCUGAAGAAAAGUGGAAGUCACCUGAAGCUGUUUGGAAAGGCCCAUGUGGACCUUAACUUGGCACUGGGACAGCUAGUGGGGAACCAGAUAUUUGAGGAGGCGGAGCCUGAGUUUCACCAGAUGGCAUACUUCAAGACCAGGAUUGGCCUGCGGAAUGCCCUGCAGGAUGAAAUGUCCACCAGUCGGGGGAUGGCUGAAGACAAGACUGCAGUCCUCAUCACCCUCACCAGACCCAUCUUCUAUGUACAACCAGCUGCUUUUGACAAAGCUGUAUUAGUGUGGCUCAACUACAAGAAUGCGUACGAGUACUGGAACGAGCAGCGUAUGGCUCUGAACCAGGAGGUCCAGGCAGCCACCAGCACUCUGAUCGACAUACUGCCUCAGAUCAGUCCCCAGGGACCUCCCACACUCGGCACGCUCUUCCUACAGUUGACGGUCAACGACCUGGGCAUCUGUCUACCUGUCAAUAACGCAGGAACACAGGCCAGCACCACCCUAGACUACGACCCCGGUGCAGCCCUGGUGCUGACGCUGGAGAGCUCGCUCAUCACGGCCUGCUCGCGAGACGCUCUCGUCUGCAGCGGGCACGUCAAGGGCUUCUGUCUCCGCUUCGCCGACGACUUUGAAACAUCCUGGGACGAGUGGAAGGCCGAUCCUACUGAAGGCAUCAUCAUGAAUGCAUUUACUGUGCCAGAGGGUACAUAUGAAGUCUGCUCCAAGACAGUUGGACUUCAGACAGUUGGAGGCAGUAACAGUGGGAAGUGGGUUCUGGACAUCCUGUGGAAGAUGUGUGGACUGGACAUCCAGCUGGACACCAACAUCGGGAAGUGCCUGUCAGCCCUGGGGAACACGCUGACCGCCAUCGCUGGGGAGGAGGAAGGGAUGGAGGACCAGGAUGUAGAGCUGCCAGAGGAGGCAGAGCAGGCCGAGGCUGGGAUGGACCAGCUGGCCCGCAGGCCCAGUAGCCUGGCAGUACCGCUCGCAGGCAGCGCCAGUGAAGCGGAGAACGGAUAUCGGCGCCGCUUCCGCUUCAUGGAGCAGCAGAUGAACGAGCAGGCCAGGAUUGUGAAAGACCUGAAACAGCUGGGUGCGAGUCAGGACACCAUCGCUCAGGAGGCCCAGCGGCUCAAGGAGCUUGAGGCAGCCGUCUUCUACGACUUCCGCAGGGACGUACGCGAGAAACUCCGCAGGACAAGUGUUCGGCAUGCUACAUCACUGAAGGACAAGUGGGGGUUGGGGUACAAGCCCUCCCACCGGCGCACCAAGUCCCACGGGGCAGUGCUGGGAGCUGCCGCUAAGAAAAAGCCUCCCAGAGACAGGCCCCGCACCGAAGCAGUAGAUGGUUUGCAUGGCGAGCUUUUGGUCCCGUCAACUCCCUCCACUCCUCUCAAUGAUUCUGUUUUCACUUCCCUUGACUCAUCUGCACGCAAGUGGUCGUCCCCACUCUCCACCACUAUUGACGACCCGUGCCAACUGUCUGCAUAUAACAGUGAGGAGGACCUGCACCCUGAGCCUGCCUACAAGGUGCCCUCACUCCCUGACAACCUGGACUCCAGUGGGUCCUCCGAGAACGACGAGGAAAUAGACAAACACUACCUGAUAGAGACACAGAGACGUCUAGUCAUGGAUCCUUCCAUCACAUCCCUGGACAGAGGCACCCCCCCUCGCAGUAACCAGUCCCCCCCUCGCAGCCAGAGCCCCCAGCAGGGGAAGUCGCUGACUCCCCAGCCCUCAGUGGUGGAGCAGAACAUAGAGUUUGAGCUGGAUGUAAAGGUGGAGAUCGACAGUGGAAAAUGUGUUCUGCACCCACAGUCCUCGAAUGUUGAAGAUGACAUGAAUGGGAGCAGUACCAAACCAGGAGGAAAGAACAGGAAGAUGGGAAUGAUGUACCAGACCUCAGCACUCGACAUCACCCCAGCCUCCAGUAAGAAACACCUGCUCAAGGGACAGGUAUCCGGUAACCUGGCUUCGGGCAACAAGAGCCGGCUGGGACAUGCAGGGUCUGAGGUCACCAUCUUCUACCUACCUGCUGUAGAUGUUAAGGCCCACUACAACUCCAAGACUCACAGACAGGAUUCCCCAGGUGCAGGUAACAGUAAGGAAGAUGUCCCUCAACAGGAGACUGCAGAUGGCAAGAAGAAGGUUCCAACUGGCAUGAAGAGGGCCAGUCUGUACGCCAUGCUGGCUUUACAGUCCCUCCCACAAGAAACAGUGGUCAGCCCCUGCCUGCUGGACUUUCUGGAGCAGACACUGGAUGUGCUGCCGGCCUCACCCACUGACCCCAGGCUUGCUGAUAUGACUGCAAGUGCUCGAACAGCUAUGGACAGCAUGUUUCCUCUGGACCUGGACACAUCCAGCACCUCCCUGGGCACCAGCUACGGCUCCCCCUACACGUCCUUCCCCGUGGACGUCAUUGUGUGCGUGCGGGUCCAGCCCUCCAUCAUCCGCUUCAACUGCCUGCCCCUUUCCCGCGUGGAGUGCCUGCUGCAGGUGCCGCUCCUGGACCUGGUCUUCUCUUCCAUGACGGCUGGCUUCGAGAUCCGGGAAGAUGAGACGGACUCUACUACAAAGGCACAACCGCCACUGUUGAAGAGAAAAAGCAGCCAGCGACAUGUGACGUUCCAGCGCCCGCGAGGCUGGAGCAACCUCAGCUGUAACUCGACGGACAGCGACCACCAGGAGGCUAGCGGGGUGGGGCGCGGGGGACUGAACUUCACCGCCGGGAUGUCGGACUUCUCGCUCUUCAUCUUCCAUCCGUACGGCGGGCAGCAGAAGAAACAUGCCGGCAUGGGGACACCCGUGGAAGGAGUCACUGCACCAGAUACGCCAUUGGAUGCAGGACCGUCAGCCACAGGGCGUAAGGAUUCGCUAAGCCUCAAUGUGGAGUUUAUCAAGGUCAACCUGAGCCGCAGCAAGAGAGCGGCACCAACCACGGACCCCGGGCUCCACGCCAGUGGGAGUAUGAGCAGCGGUCGUCUUCGCGACCUGAUGUCAACGCCCUCGGUUCAACUUCAGCAGUCACAGGAUCCUGCCAAUGUACACAUUGACAUAUCUGCUGUUUGCGAUGUUGGCUCGGCGUCCUUUAAGUACGACAUGCGUCGCCUGAACGAGAUCCUGGCGUUCCCGCGAGCCUGGUACCGCAGGAGCAUUAUGCGUCGCCUCUUCUUAGGUGACCAGAUGGCCACAAAGAAGGCUCAGAGUCAAGCUCCUACUCCAAACCAAACCUUUUCCACCUCGCCCAGCUCAGUAAACAUAACAUCCCAGCCAGCCUUCUCCACAGACACCCCGACAUCCGCCAUCUUCCCCUUCGUCCCACCAUCCCCCAGCAUUUUCAGUAUCAAGACUCAGAGUCCGACAGCACCGAUGAAGAGUCCCGUCACGGGGCCGAGCCGCAGACAUUCGGCCUUCACCGCUCCACACGGUGUGGAAGACACAGGAAGAACUAAGAGACAUUCUGUUGCAUCUCCGCCCACCCUGGAGAGACAGCAGAGCCGAGUGGAGGCCCUGAAGGCAGACCAGAGUCCCGAGACGUCCUCCGCUGCCGGGGGGAAGACUUACCCCGCAUGGGAGACUGUCGUCCUGUUCGCUGUCAAACUCUCUCGUCUGGAAGUCAACAUGAACAUGAGCAAUGUCAUGGGAAACACUGUGUGGCUGACCCAGGAGCUGUGCAGCCAGGGCCGGCUGUGCAUCGCCAGCACCGGGUACAAGAACGUCAGCAUCACAGCCGGACUGGACAGCUCCACGCUGGACGCACGGGGAGGGGUGGUCGGUGGGAUCAUCCAGAUCUCCAAAAUCAACACGUCAGUGAACCUACAUGAGAACCCAGGUGACGAGCCCACCCACAGGUGUAACUUUGAGGUGAAGUCUGCCGACACCCGGUUGGACUACAUGGGCGCGGCCAUCCUGAUGGCACGUCUGCACCGGCUCACCGUCAGCCUGAAGGACGAGUGGAAGGUGGAGGCACUCACCCCUAAAGCUCCUCACAUAUAUGAUGAGAUGGGUGAGAAAAGUGCCAUCUUUAUCCAUGGUGACUUGGACUGGGACCGUUUCCACCUGAUGAUUUCGCGCUCGACGACCCCUGACCUGAUCAAGGUGUGCAACCGUCUGGAGGAGUUCUUCACGCAGCAGUUCAACAGCAGCCGCAGAAUGUUGUCUCAGUGGGGUCUGCACGGGGUGUACCUGCCCCAGCCCUCCAGUCUCACACCUGUCACACCUGAACCAGCUGAGAAACCCAAUGAGCUAGCAGACGCCCAUCACCACCGCCACUGGCCAUCCGUACUGGCGCGAGUAUGUGGGUCCAGACUGAGCCUGUUCUCCGCCGCCCUCCCCCUGCACGACCUCGUACUGGGCGGAACCAUGAAUCUCCGUGGUAACGACCUGACCUUGGCCUGCUUCCAUGGGGUCAACUUCAGAGCCAAGUCUUGGGCACUCUUCAAUGUCCUGGAGCCCAACAUCUCCUUCUGUACUGAAGUCCAGGAGAUCCAGGAAGAAGAUGGCAGCAGAUCUGACACCUACAUCGUGCAGAACCUGUCCUUCCACAUAGGACACAACGUCUGGGUCACCAGUGAGAAGGACCAGGCCAUCCCCAUGGCAACCAUCCGCAGACUCACAUGCGGUCGCUAUGACAACCCUCCGCCCGGUGUGGCCAGUGUACAUGAGUGGUUUAACUAUGUCAGCGCUACCAGAAAUGAAGAGCUGGAUGUGUUUAAGAGUCCCGAGGACCUUCAGUCCAACAGCCCCCCAGUGGAGCGCAGACUCUUCUCCUCCAGGAAGAGUCUAGACUACGGCCAUGAGACGGAGACCAUCUUUGCCCUCCCCAAGCUGCAGCUGGAGUUCAAGACUGAACAUGUGCAGGGAGAGAAGGAACCACAGGCUGGAGAUCCGAUGCCCACCGUAGUGUGCAGCUUUGUGACAGAGUUUAUAGACCACAUCUGUGUAGCCAUGGACGCUGAGCUCAUCCUCUUCCUGCACGACCUGGUGGCAGCUUACAUCAAAGAGAAGGAGAGAGCUUUCCCCUCAGGUUUCCGCAACUCCACAGCCAUGAACCGCAGAUCCAGGCAGGACUCCAAAGGGAAGGAAGGGAGCGAGGCUACCGCUGAGAUCGGCAAGGCCAAGGACUGGCGGGAGUUUCAGUGUCGGGUAUGGCAGCUGGAGCCCACUGUCAGACUCCUGUCCUGGGCUGGAAAGAGGAUUGACCCAGUGGGAGUGGACUACAUUCUCCAGAAGCUGGGCUUCAAACACGCCCGGGUCACCAUCCCCAAGUGGAUCCAGCGGGGUGCCAUGGACCCCAUCGACAAGAUCCUCUCCAUCUUCCUCAACAAGAUGGUCAACGCCCUUCGAGAGGAGCAGGAGACGUCUUCAGAUGCUGCACAGUAAGGUGGGUCAUCUGGAGGAGCAACAGUCAUUACCCAAAUAAGGGCAUGUCAUCAGUGAUAUCACCUUCAUCUUCUUCAUCAUCAAGGACAUCAUGGACCAGUGAUGUCCUCCUCCUGACAUUGAUGUCAAAGCCCCAGUCACACAGUCAAGACUACCCAGACUGACUUGCUCCCCAAAACUCCCCAACCAAGUUUGGCACUGAGAUGAGAGCAGCCUGGAACCCAUCCUAUUCAAGCUCCAUUUUGCUCUCUGGUGACAUCCAAGCAGAAUAUGUCUUACCUCACUUUGUGUUUUUAACAUCUGGCAAACAACCUUGCUGACCAACUCCCAGACGACCUUGCUCGCAACUAAAUACCAACCAUGGUCUGUAGAAGAUCAGGAGGCCAUGGUUGCCAGUAUGUGACUGGGGCUUAAAGGAGAGAAUACAUGUUUCUGCCUCUUAUGCUGCCCUUAUCCUGUUGAUAAAGCUAAGGGCACAACCCGCCGUACGUGCAAAUACGUGCUGUCUGCGUGCCAAAAUGGGGGCAAUCUUUUGGGAUCUAUAAGUGCUAAGUACCGCCUACGUGGGAACGGAUUUUGGAGCAUGCAGACACGCCGAAGAACUUGAAGUGCAUGCAAAACUUUUUGUGCCAUCGGCUGCAGAUUUGCCCCUUAUACGUGCCAGUAUGGGCGACGUGUCUGCCCUGUACAGCCUAAACGUUUUCAGGAAGACGAGGCCUCCCAAAAACGUACGGACAAAUUGCACAUACGAUGGGUUGUGCCCUUAGCUUAAGAGCUAGUGGUCUGCAAAACUUAAGAGGCCUCAGAGUGAGGCUCAGACGUUUAAUGUUUCAUCUAUGCAAUAGAGUUGUUACUUAUAUUGAAUUAAGAGUCAUCAAAAAUUGAGUUGUUAUUUGUCUUGUCAAAUUAGAGUCAGCUAAAAUCUUUGUUAGAUCUUUGAAGUUUUGUUUUGUGCUUUUAUCCAAACAGGUUUGUCACUUUUUCUUGUUCAAGAGUUACAACUUUAGGUUUCCAAGAGUGGAGGAGGAGCCUUGCAAACAUUUUUGCUACAUCAUAUGUCAGUUUUCUAACUAGGAUACUCAGCUUUUAUGUCAAUAUUUCUUUAUGUUAGGGGACUACACUGAGCUGCAUUCAUUCCAGUAUUGUAUUAAUUAUUUAUUUUGUCUGUGUUCUUGCAAGUUCAAUGAAUGUUGAGAACAUCGUUUUUCGUAACUUAAAGUUGUACCAAUUAUAGAUUAUGAUAUUUCUUUUACUCUAUCACACAAUUUUGUUAAUACCCACACCAGCAAUGCAAUUAUCAGAUGUUGUCAAUAUUCAAUAUGAUUUGAAACCAUAUCUGACAUUGUUGAGGAGCAUUGCUGUAUGACUUGUAUAAUACAUAAAUGAUGCAUGCUCUUCAGCAUUUAUGUUUCAUAUAUAGAAGUUGGUAUAUAUAUAUAUCAUUGUAUAUCAAUGUUUAAGUAGAGUAAUUACUUGUAAAUUGUAUAAUUGUGCACCUGUACCCUUAAACAACAUAAGAUAUGAGAUAAAAGCAUUGUAAAAAGGUAGAAUGAUUAUCAUUGUUGUAUGACUGUACAAAAGUGAUUGGAAUUGUAGGAAUGAAAAAACUAAAAUGUUAUGAUACUUGAGAAAGAACAAUUCUGAGAAAGAGUUUGCUUAAGGUUGUACAUACAAGGUAAAGUACAGGACUAAAGACAAGAAAGAUUCAGAAAAUUUGCUUACUAGUACAUUGUGAAAUAGGACAGAUACAAAAUGUAGUUAGUUCUUGAAUUGAAAAGUAGUUAAAGAAGCACCAAAAGUCAUCAAACGUAAACGGAGUGUAAUAUAGUGCUUAUUUGCAGAUGUUGACUUCACAGUGUUAAAGAUAGUGAGUUUUUGCUCUGCUGUGUACUUGGUCUGUUGUACUGUUGCCAUUGGAAAAUCAACAUUUCUGUGCAAUCAUGUUUGUUGUGAAGUGUUUCAUAUCACAAUUGUAAAAUUUGAAGACAAUAUGCUUCUAUAUCAUGUGGUAUCCAAUAUUAACAUGUGAAAAUAUUGGAAAUAACCACUACCAGAUGUAGUUCCUUUAAUAAGUGUGUAAUAUGUUAUCCAGCCAUAUUUACUUAAUCUGAUCUCUAUAUUCUGAGGCGUGGGAGGAAAUUGUGGGGGGGGGGGUACAUACAUGUACCACAUUUUCACCAAUGUUUAGUGAAGGCAUCAUGCUUCCUGUGUUAAUCCAAGUACAUGCUCCCCUUUGAAAAUUUUGAAGAAUUUUUCCUGCUAACGCACAAUUGCCUGUGUUCUGAGGGGCAACUUUUGCUGGUAAACUACGCUGAUUUUAUUGACAUAUCUAUUUGUGCACAAAUGCACAAGGGUUUCAGCUUGAUUUUUUGCCUCCCAUUGCUGACGCCACUAUUGAAAUCAAAAUUGUCAUUAGCACACAUAUCUGUGUUGAAUUUGUCUUUGUCUUUACAGUAGGUAAACAAUACUGCUCCUGAUAGCUCUAAGCAUUUCCCCAACUUCUAUAUAUCUAUACAAAAUUUAGGUUAAUGUACAGGCAGAAAUGAAUAUUAGUGUUUAUAUCUUUUGACAUAUCAUUCUGUGUGGUUCACUUUAGAAUAGUGUGAUAUCUUCAUUUGUGUUACAGCUAUGCAUUGUUUUUGUGUGAAUGUACAUGUCACAUAUUUGGAACUGUUGAAAUUUGUCUGUUGAAUCCACUCGCUUACCAAAGUGAUGUACAUUACAAUGAAAUACAAAAUUUAACCAAGUGCAAUAAAAGUUGACAGCUUUGAA